UUCCCGCCAUCUACAUCAUCCUGUUGCUCCUGUCUUGCUGAUUCCGUAAAAUAUUUCUCGAUCUUAAUAGUAAACUGAAUUUUUGGAGCAGUCGAAGCCCAAAACAAACAUGUCCAGCCCAGCACCUUCUAGGACACCAUCCAAAAGGACAACCAGGUCGCAGACAAACACUCCGAGCCGAGAUGAAGCAUCAGAAAAAGGGACGCCUGCCAAACGCCGCGCAACACCUCAGAAAUCUCCUGCGACCACCCCACUUCGUGUUGGGGCUCGCGGAAGAAAUGCUCGACCCGGCGCGAUGGGUACCAUAGCCGAGUCUUCUGAACUAGGCACACCAGCGGGUGGAAGUCAGGAAAACAACGCCAUGACCAGCCCUCUGGCAAUUGGGGCUGAGCAUAUGGGAUUAAGUGAAAUCGACCUGAGCUCCCCAUUAAAUUACGGAACCCCAAGCUCUCUUGGCUCCUUGAGAACUCCUCGAACAGGAAUUCAGGAUACGCCUGUCCGAGUUCGAGCAGACAUAGGGUCUGAGAGGACCUUGCGUCGUAUUGUCCUGCCUUCAGAUGCGCCUGCGCCAGGAGAUGAAUCAAGCCAGACUGGCAGUCAAACAGGCGUGAAGGAAGUCAUCUGGGGUACUGAUGUGGACGUUGGCAAGUGCAAACAGAGGUUCCGCCGUUUCAUCGAGAAUUUUGUUGACCCUGACAUGGAGCCUGAUGAGGCCAACAUGGCCACCACCAACGUGAACGAACCUUUAUACAUGCAGAAGCUGAAGGAAGUGUUAGCUUUGGAGGAUCCAUAUGUGAAUGUCAACUGCGAGCACCUCAAAACCUUUUGCCCUGAGCUGUUCGCACAGCUGGUGCGCUACCCUCAGGAAGUGCUUCCAUUCCUUGACAUGGCCAUCAAUGAGCUUUUCUUUGAGAAGCAUCCAGCUGCCGUUCUUGAGCACCAAAUCCAAGUCCGCCCGUUUAACUCUGAGGUUACCACCAGCAUGAGAAACCUUAAUCCAGAAGAUAUUGACCAACUCAUCACCUUGUGUGGAAUGGUCAUCAGAACUUCUGACAUCAUUCCCGAAAUGCGAGAAGCAUUCUUUAAAUGCAUUGUUUGUGGAAGCACUACUGAAGUUGUUGUCGAAAAGGGCAGAAUUGCGGAGCCUACCCUCUGUGGUAACUGCAACACAAAUCAUUGCUUCACUCUGGUCCACAACCGCUCUCAAUUCUGCGACAAACAGCUGGUGAAACUGCAGGAGUCGCCUGAUGACAUGCCUGCGGCCCAAACGCCACAAACUGUUCUGUUAUAUUGCUGCAAUGAUUUGGUGGACAAGGUUCAACCCGGCGACCGAGUAACCGUCACAGGCAUCUACCGUGCCAUUCCUUCUGUGCUCAACCCACGCAUGCGAAACGUCCGGUCUGUGUACCGAACGCACAUUGACGUUGUACACUUCCGCAAGAGCAGUACCAAGAGGCUGUAUGAAAAUGAGGAGGGCAACAAUCUCCACUUCUCUGAGGAAAGAAUCGGCCAGCUGAAGGAGCUCUCUGAGAAGGAUGACAUUUAUGAGCGGAUGGCGCACGCUCUUGCUCCCAAUAUUUAUGAAAAUGAGGACAUCAAGAAGGGAAUCUUGCUGCAGUUGUUUGGCGGUACCAAAAAGAUAUUCAACUCUCAAGGGCGAAGCAAUUUUAGGGCUGAGAUCCAUAUUUUGCUCUGCGGAGACCCUGGCACCAGCAAGUCGCAGCUGCUGCAGUAUGUGUACCAUCUUGUGCCAAGGGCCCAGUUCACGUCUGGAAAAGGUUCAUCGGCUGUUGGUCUGUCCGCCUAUGUAACGAGGGACCCUGAGACACGGCAGCUUGUUCUGCAGACGGGUGCCCUUGUUCUGGCCGACAAUGGAAUCUGCUGCAUUGAUGAAUUUGACAAGAUGAAUGACUCAACGCGCAGCAUGUUGCAUGAGGUAAUGGAGCAGCAAACGCUGAGCAUCACCAAGGCCGGAAUCAUUUGCCAGUUGAACGCCAGAACGUCUGUUCUUGCUGCUGCCAAUCCUGUCGAGUCUCAGUGGAGCAAGAACAAAACCAUCAUUGACAACAUCAACCUGCCACACACCCUUCUCUCAAGAUUUGACUUGAUUUUCCUCUUGCUCGACCCUCAAGAUGAACUGUAUGACAGGCGUCUUGCCAAGCACUUGGUUGGAAUGUAUCAAAGCACUCCUGAGGAUGAUGAACAAGAUUAUAUUAACAUGCUCCUGAUGAGAGACUACAUCGCCUAUGCAAGAGAGUUCAUCAAACCAAAGAUCACUGAAGAAGCGAGCAACCGUUUGGUUGAAAUGUACGUCACAAUGAGACAAACCGGAAUGUCUCGUGGACAAAUUUCCGCCUACCCACGACAGCUGGAGUCGCUGGUCCGUCUUGCAGAGGCUCACGCCAAAAUGAGAUUCAGCCAGACGGUUGAGCUAAUUGAUGCUGAGGAGGCUUGGAGGCUGCACAGGGAAGCGCUGAAGCAGUCUGCAACCGACCCUCUCUCAGGCAGGAUCGACGUCAGUAUUUUGACAACUGGAAUUAGCUCUGCAGGAAGAAAACACAGAGAAAAGCUUAUGAAGGAGUUGAAGAAAAUGAUCGAAAACCAAUCCAAGGGAACAACCCUCAACUUCAAGAAAUGCCUCAAUGAUAUGCGUGAAAAGGCUGACCUGAUGGUCACCAAUGAGAUGCUUGAAGAUGCUCUCAGCUCCCUGCAGAAUGAAGGUGUUGUUAAUUUGAUUAGCAGAUCAUCGUUCAGAAUAUGCUAAUGGUGCAGCAAAACAAUUAUUUUAAUUAUCCUUAUUUAAACGUCACAAAUUUUGUAUCUAAUAAAUUCACCUUAAAAUGAA